AUGGCCAUAAGACGCUCUUUGUCCCUCAGAUUCUUGUUCACUGCUCGUUUCUACCAACCAUCUUACAUCUCUAUCACUUGUACUCAUAACACCAUGAAGAGAAGCCGAAUUACCCCUCUUUUCUUCAUCAGAGAUCCUUUAGCAGCUCGAUUCUCUCUCAGCAUCUUGGAAGAAGCUCUUCACAUUUUUCUCCUUUUGGUGUCUCUAUCUUUCGGAACUCCUAUGGAUCCGGUGAUGGAAAAUGUGGCUUCGCAGGUCCUUAGUAAUUCUUCAAUCCAUUCCGACCUUGUUCAGCACUUGAUUGAAACAGUACAUUCUUUCACAGGCUUGGAGAUGUAA